AUGCCCUCUAGCUCACCUCUUGGAGCGACGCUUCCCAACUCAUCUUCAUUGGCAGUCUCUGCAGCUGCUGCAGUCGUGCCUGAUCCGUUGUUUGCAUUCACUCAGUUUGCCGUGGAUGCUGUCCGCAACAACACCGUGUCUCAUGCAGAAUUGGUGGAGAAGGAACGCCUCAGGCAGGAACUUGAAGCAGUAUUGCAAGCCUUGCAACCAACUGCUCGACUCGUGGUGUACGGCUCUCUCGCCAACAAUUUGGCCAUUGCCAAUUGCGACAUGGAUCUGAUGGAUGCAUUGCACGAUGUUUCGGUGGACUUGCCUGCUCUUUACACUGAAGCACUCAACUCGCAAGGCUACAGCGUCAAGUUACUGUCCAAGACACGCACUCCCAUUGUCAAGGUCAGUCUUGAGCACAUGGCAGUGCCGUACUGUGUCGAUAUCUCCUUUGAUAAUGCACUUGCUCUGCACAACACGAAACUCAUUGCAACUUAUGCUGCGUGCGAUUCUCGCGUGCCAAUCUUGCUGAUGUUUGUGAAGCUCUGGACGGCAGUCAGGCGCAUCAAUGAUCCACACAGCGGUACGUUGUCUUCGUAUGGCUAUGCACUCCUUCUCAUUUUCUACCUACAAAACCGCUGCAACUCGCCACCUGUUUUGCCAAACUUGCAACUCAUCUCUGCUAUGGGUACACGCAGUGCCGAUGAACUCGAGUGCUCUGGCUACGAUAUUUGGUUCUUCAAGGACGUUGAGAAGAUUCAGCAAGCUCAAGUUGUUAAGAAUACCUCAUCCAUUGGCACGCUGCUCGAAGGCUUCUUCUCCUACUUUGCCUAUGAGUUUGACUUUAGGGACCUUUGCAUCUCUAUCCGUACCCCUGGCGGCAUUGUGACCAAGACUGCAAAGACAUGGACGCAAAUGGUCGAGCACCUGAAUGAUCGUGGCGAUGCAAAAGUCAAGGACCGCUACAUUCUAAGCAUUGAGGAUCCUUUUGAGAUUGUCCACAAUGUUGGUCGUUCAGUGACGCGCGCAGGCUUGUAUGAGAUUCGUGGUGAAUUCAUGGCAGCAACGCGAUAUGUGCGUGGCAAUAAGUUGGAUGAGAUUUUGAACCCUCAUCGACGAGAGAUUGUAGCGCCAACGUCGUCAACGGCUAUGCAUUCGCCUCAGCAACAGCAUGGCACGCAGCAAGUCUCUCCGGGUGAAGGAUCGUCGCCGACACCACCGGCUGUGCACGCAGAAGCACGACCGUCCACUGGUACAGCCACAUCUACAAAAACAUCUCAGCAGGCUGAGACGGUCGUCAAGGCAGAGUGA